UGCGAAAAGUGAAAUCAUCUGAGUAGAACAACUAACACCAUUUUCAUCAUGAGCCGCUUCCUGUUUGGAGAGGAGCGACACGGGGUGGGAAAAAUAUAACGGUCAUGAGUCCAUUUCAAGAAACGAACCAGUGUGGUUAUCAGCUGCUUGACUAUUUUUCCAUUUUCUUGUAAUGGUGUUGGGUUAAGCAAGAAUCGUCAUUCCAUGGCUUCAAACGAGGAAGGCGAUGUUAUUUUCCUUGUAUGCACAAACCCUAAUUCAAUUGAAGAACCGAUCGCGGAGGACGAGAUUUACAUAUCGACUGCUGAGACCUCUUCCUGGGACUUGCCUACUAUCCUCAGUCAUAGAAUCGUCAAGGUUCAAUCCAAUAGGAACAGGCUCAUCCAACAUUCUUCCUAUUUCCACAGCCUCCUCUGCGGAAACUUUAGAAAAUCGUGCCAUGGCUCUAUUUCGAUCCAGUGGAACUUGGAAGCAUUCAUUAAUAUUCUGAAGUUCAUUUAUGGUUGCCCAUUGGAUGUGACUCCCCAGAAUUUCAUUCCUCUCUAUGAGGGUGCACUAUUUUUUGGAGUGGAUACACUUCUUUUGAAGUGUAAGAUUUGGUUCUCAGAGUUAAUUUCAUCCAAGGGGCCAUUGUCACUUCAAAUACAAUUGGACGAUUUAAUUCAUAUUUGGGACUUUGGUUUAGAGCAUGCAAAUGAUUUUAUUCCGGAACUUUGUACGAUGUAUCUUGCAAGGAACUUUAUGUGGGCGAUGUCCUGUAACUCUUAUGGCAAUUUACCUUACAAUAUGUUGAUUGCUUGCACAAGACAUCCUGAGUUGACAGUAGAUAGUGAGAAGCAUCUUUCUGAUGCCCUUCUAGUUUGGCUAGCUGCUAAUCCAGAAUUGUCUGAAUGCUCAAGCUGCCUGGAAGAUGAUUGUACUGAUGUUCUGAAACAGAUCCGCGUUAACCUUUUGCCAUUGUGGUUUUCUGCAGGGAAAAAAUGGUGCUGCUAUUUCUCUAAGCUUGCAGAUAAGAGCAUUAAUGCGAUUCUUAGUCUAGUCAAACAUCCAUCCACUGGCUUAGUCAUUGACUUAGGAGACGAGGACUUGCUUCAACUCAGGAUUCGAUUAACGAAGUAUACCAAGAAAGUGGACAUCUCAGGUUGUCCACAAAUAACAGUCGAGCUUCUACUUCUAUCUGUGAUUCCUUGUUCCUAUAUUAUGGACUCCAAAUUGAGAAAGAGCAUUGAGCAGUCUUUGAUCAACCUUAAACAUCUUGACCGAAAGCAAUAUGCCAUCUCACCAGGGUUGUUGCCAAUCUUGACUUUUGAAGCAGUACAGGAUGUAGAUAUUUCUAAGUGUUCAAGGCUACAUUUUGAAGCUGCCAUUGAGUGCUUCUGCAAGUCAUUUCCAGCAUUAAGAACGCUGCGGGCAGCUUAUUUAUUGAAUAUCAAGAUGACCAGUUUGCGCCAAUUGGUGAAGUGUUCCCUGCUCUCUGAAGUGGACUUAACCGUUGAUGUUAGCCCAGUUAUACCAAUGCAAGUGUCAAUUAUAUCUUCUAGUCAGACGAUAACACCAAAAAUAUCCACAACAUUUGUUCAGUCAGAGAAUUAUAUUUUGGAUGCUACAUCAUUUUCUCUCUCUGGAUCCUUGCUCUCAAAUAUUACAAAUCUCACGUUGGAGGGUCGAACCGAUGUUAGUGAUUCAGAUCUCCAAGAUAUCUCAGAAUUCUGUGUGUCCUUAUGCUACCUCAACCUUAAAGCAUGUACUUCAGUAACUGAUACUGGCAUGUCAAUUCUUAUACGCAGAUGUAUUAAGCUACAGUCAAUCCUAGUUUGUGAUACCUCUUUUGGGAGGAAUUCGAUUUUGGCUCUUUGCUGCAGUCUUCCUAAUUCUGGUAAUUCUGUUGCUGUGGAUUUUGGAAACAAGCAACAAAAUUCAGUGGCUCUAAAGCUUCAAACACUGCAUAUGGGUGGUUGCAAGGGUGUUGAUGAAACAUCUUUGUUGGAGGUUUUGUCUCAAGUGCAGGUUUUAAGGAGUCUUUGCUUGAGGGAGACUCACCUUGUUGACAAUGCUCUUUGUAGUUUCUCUGGUUCUUCCUUGGAGAUGCUUGAUGUAGAUAAUACCAUGGUUUCUGGGGCUGCUUUAGCUUAUGUUGUCCGUGGAAAUCCUGGCCUGAAGUGUUUGAAAGCUAGGGGCUGUAAAAAUUUGUUUCAACAAGGAAGCAAUGGUAAAGGGGAAGAAUGUUCUUCUUUCUCACAUUCUUGUAAAGAACUGUAUUUGGAGUUGGCCAAGACAUGCAAAUUAGAAGAAUUUUCAUUUGGGUGGGGUUUUUCUCAUUUCUCCCUUGAAGCUUUGGGACCUGCAAUUACAUCACUAAAGAAAAUAAACAUGGGCUUAGGUGCAUCAUUAAGUCAUGAUGCGCUCACAUUACUACCCACAACUUGUCCUUUCCUAGAGUCGGUGAUUCUUUAUUUUCAGGUAAUUACUGAUAGUAUCAUGAUAAACAUCAUGCAAUCCUUGAGAUACUUACAGGUGCUGGUCCUUUGUUACUGUCUUGGUGAUAUAUCUUCUUUGAGCUUCAAAUUCAGUAUGCCAAAUUUGAGGAAAUUAAGGCUGGAAAGGGUGACCCCAUGGAUGACCAAUGAUGAGUUGGCUAUUCUGACUCAGAACUGUGUUAAUCUGGUUGAGCUUUCCUUGUUAGGAUGCAGACUUCUCAAUUCAGAUUCUCAGCAGAUCAUCUCAUGUGGAUGGCCAGGCUUGACUUCUAUCCAUCUAGAGGAGUGUGGAGAAGUAACAGCAGAUGGAGUCAUUUCUCUUUUUGACUGCAAAGCCCUUGAAGACCUUUUGCUGCGUCAUAAUGGCCCUGGAAUCCAGAGAAACUUCAUUCUUGAUGCUGCUUCAAAGAUGCCAAUGCUUCGGAAAGUGUCAUUAGAUUUGUGUGAUGCAAGUGAAGGUGACUUCGAUCUUCCAAAUUAUGCUGACAGGUAUUCCCUGAGCAUUGUGAAAAUAGCUAGAUGCAAGUUUCGUAAAUGCACUUUAGAGCUCCAAAUCCUGGAUGCUACUAGGAGGCCAGUUCACAUGGAGAGGCCAGUUCACAAGGAGACCUUAGUAUUGGUUUGGAGCAGCAAAAAUCUUACUAGAACAGUGGUAAAGGAAAGAAUUUAGCCUUUCAGGGGUUCUCAUCAGGUUGAUUUGCAGGUUUUUGCUCAUUUUGAAUAGGAAAAAGAAGUGAGGAAGGAAAGCGAUGGUACUCAUGGUGCCUCCUGAGAUGGGUGGUGUUUGGGAUUCUCAAAGGUAAAUUUAUGGUAUCUACUUUAUUUCUAUUUAAUCUCAACCGUUGAAUGGUCGAAUGAUUGAGGAAAUGUGCUCAACAAUUUAGCUAAUGAAAGAAAAAAUUUCAAUC